AUGUCUAAAUCGCUUUGCAUCUUCCUCUUCCUGACCUUGUUCGCAAAUGCAACAUUCUCAUUAUCCUUCGACAUGUCUCCCAUCACAAAAUCGGAUGGCGGCCACCUCAACCUCACCGGGGACACCUACAUUACCGAGGAAGGCAUCCAAGUCACAACUAACGAGCGCGACCAAGCCCGGGGUGGUCGAGUUGGCCGCGCCACGUACUCCGAGCUCCUGCAUUUGUGGGACAAAGCCUCGCAACAAAUGGCCGAUUUCUCCACCCACUUCUCCUUUGUCAUAGAUUCUUCUGGCAGCUACAACUUUGGCGACGACCUUGCCUUCUUUCUGGCUCCCUAUGGCUCCACCAUCAAGCCAUGGGAAAGCGGUAGCGGCCUCAGCCUCGGCCUCGACAACGCCACUUCUCUCUCGGUGUUGGACACCUUCGUCGCGGUGCAGUUCGACACGUACCCCAAUCCUGUCAUCGACCUGCCUUAUGACGGCCGUUUCUUCAUCCCGCACGUGGGAAUCGAUAUCGGUACUGAUACAAAGACAUGGUACAACAAUAUAUCUGCAGGCUGGCAAAAUGAUGCUUGGAUUCAUUACAAUUCCAGCACCAACUUAUUAAAGGUCAUUUUCACAGGCAACAAUAGCGGAAUAUUCCGACGGGACGACCUCCUCUACGUGGUCGAUCUCCGAAAUCACUUGUCGGAAUACGUCACCGUCGGAUUCACAGCUGCCACCGGAGCCUCCUUCAAGCAAAACAACGUCAAAUCUUGGAAUUUCUCUUCGACUGUUCUGGCUUCAGAUAAACUAAAACAAGAAAAAAAAGGAUCUGAGGAGGAGCAUCACAUGUACAAGGGGCUAGACUUGGAGGAGCAGCAAUUGGAUAACGAGUUCAAAAUUUGCAAUGGCCCGAAAAAAUUCUCCUACAGAGAAUUGGUUGAUGCAACGAAUGAUUUUGCAAAAGAACUCUUUGCAGCGGAGAAUAAGCUAGGCGAAGGUGGUUUUGGUAGCGUAUACAAAGGCUUCUUGCCAGCAAUGAAUAUUUGGAUUGCGGUGAAAAAGGUGUCUGAGGGCUCGAAGCAAGGCCGGAAAGAGUACGAAUCGGAAGUGAAGAUCAUCAGCCAGAUGAGGCACAAGAACCUUGUGGAACUCAUGGGGUGGUGCCAUAGAAGCGCGGAGCUUCUACUAGUCAACGAGUUCAUGCCCAACGGGAGCUUGGACUAUCAUUUGUUCAAAAACGAAUCAUCCGUCCUUACAUUCGAAAAGAGGUACAGAAUUGCAGAAGGGGUAGCUUCUGCAAUUUUGUACCUCCAUGAAGUCCAGUCAAGGAAAUACGUGGUCCACAGGGAUGUCAAAGUGAGCAACGUGAUGCUCGAUCACAACUUCAACGCGAAGCUCGGGGACUUUGGAUUAGCCCGCCUCGUUGAUCAUGAUAAAGACCUCCAUUCCACCGUUCCUGCAGGGACCAUCGGGUACAUUGCGCCCGAGUACUCGGCCACGGGCAAGGCGAGCAAGGAAACAGACAUCUUCAGCUUCGGGAUCGUGUUGCUCGAAACAGCCUGUGGGAGGAAGCCGGUGGAUCACAGGCUCCCCGGAGAAAAAGUGUUGUUGAUGGAGUGGGUGUGGGGCCUGUACGAGUCCGGGAAGGUGCUCGAUGCAGCGGAUCCGAGGCUUUGCUUUUCGAGACUUGAGGUGCAGAAGAUAGAGCGGUUGAUGGUGGUGGGGUUGUGGUGUGUGCAUCCGCGGAGCGGGAGGAGGCCGACGAUAAGGCAGGUGGUGCGGGCGCUUACGUCCGAGGAUCCGCUGCCGAGCCUGCCUCUAGCAAUGCCGAAGGCUGUUUAUGAUGAUAACGCUGCUUCGGCAUCGGCAUCGGCAUUGCCAUCUCAAGUAGCUACCACGAAUUCGAGUAGUCAUGUGGUUAUCAGAGGUUCUUCGAGUUUAACCAUAUCUUCUGGAGGUUUUGCCUCCGAUUUGUUGCCCAGUUAG